AUGUUACUUUUAGUUUGGAUAUCGAUAGACAUUUUUCAGAACAUUUUAUCAGACAUAUUAGCUGAAAAUUGUUCAGACGUAAGUGAUGAUGUUACUGAUAAUAUGUGUAUUGAUAGUAAUCAUAAUUCCGAAUCGGAACAAAAUGUAAGUGAAUCAGAUAAAAGUGAGACAGAGAGUAAUACUGAUAAUGACGAUGACAUUAGACCAUCGAAAUUCUUGUAUGCUGUAUUUAAAUCAAAUCAUGAAAAUGCAAACACCUUAUUUGCAACUGACGGAACAGGACGUGAAAUUUUUCGCCUGGUCAUGAGUAAAAAACGGUUUUUAUUUUUAAUUUCAUGUUUACGUUUCGAUAAUUCUGAUACUAGAACUGAAAGAAAAGAAAACGAUCCACUCGCACCAAUUUCUGAAAUUUUUAAUGAAUUUAUUGAAAACUGUAAAUUGAAUUACUCUUUGAGCUCAUGUGUUACCGUGGAUGAGAUUCAUUAUUUAUUUAACGCAUACAUUUACGCCGGACAAAAUACUGAUGGAAUUACCUUAGAUCAUACAGAAAGGAAGUUUUCUAAGCCUACACAAUCAGUUUUACGGUUGUCAAAACCAAUACAAGGGACCAACCCUUUUUUACCAAAAAAGAAAAGUACAGUUGGCUUUACUCAAUAUGGAUUUACAAAAGAUCUUACACUUUUAUCGUACGAGCCAAAACCAAAUAAAGCAGUGUUAUUAAUCUCAUCGAUGCACAAUCAAAAAGGGUUUGACAAUGACGUCCAAAAACCUGAAAUCAUUUCUUAUUAUAAUAGUACAAAAGGAGGCGUUGAUGCAUUGGACGAAAAAUGUUCUGUUUAUUCUGCUGGACGUCGUACUCGUCGUUGGCCGUUAGCGAUUUUUUACAGACUUCUUGAUAUUUCUUCUGUUAAUUCGUAUGUCUUAUAUAAUUCUUUUAAAAAUAACGAAACAAUGACAAGAGCCGAUUAUUUGAAGAGUUUAGCGUUUGAACUUGUGAGUCCAGAAUUAGAAAGACGCUUUGAAAAUACACGCAUCUCACGUGAAAUAAGAAGUGGAAUCGGAAGAGUUCUCGGUAAAUCAAAACACUUAAAAGAUACGCCAGUGUACGAAGACAAACUGGAAUCACGAAAAACGUGUCGAAUAUGUCCUCCUAGGAAGAAAAGGAAAACUAUUUAUCAAUGCAAACUCUGUGGGGAUCCCAUAUGUCUUGAGUGCAGCAGAAAAAUUUGUUCAAAUUGUUUCGGAAACUAA